GCUACUUGUAUGAAGAUGGAGGUCUUGUUUACCAUUUUGUUGUUAAUCUGUACUUUGUUUGUGUUGUGUGUUGAUUCUGAAAAUGCAGUGUUAAGCAAAUCAAAAACCAGUGGUAAACAGCUCUCUCAAAUUUGUACACCUGUUGGAUUGAAUAGAAACCGGUUACUCAGACCACGGAUGAUAAAAAGAAGUACUAAAAGAGAGUUAGUUUGGAUAGGGGCAAUUGUAUUGUAUACACCCUGGAUGGAUUUUAAAGGAUGUGGCAGUUUAAAGGAGAAUAUUAAUCUACAGGACCAAAAACAUAAUAAUAAUUCAGAAUUAAGCUUAUAUGAAUGUCAUCAAAAAUGCAGCAACACAUCGGACUAUAUUGGAUUACAAGAUCAUAUUUGUUAUUGCUUGUCUGCGACACACUUGAAAAAAAAAUUUUCGUGUACGCACGUUAAAAAGUGUGAAGAAUUUCUCUGUUAUAAUCGAAACAAACCCACAGUUGUUUUAUAUGCUUUAAAUAGCACUUUUCCUGUAAAUAACAGUUAUAUUGAACAGUGUGGUGUAUUUAAUUUUUACGAUGACGUUUCAUUUGGAAGCAAAAGAUGUUCCGAUACCAGUCAUCCAGUUUGUUAUACUAAUAAAACAAAUUUUAAAACAAACAAAGGACACGGAAAUAGAUCACUGUCAUGGAGAAAGAGUAUGAGAUUCUGUGAAAACACAUCUCCUAGUUCUGUUACAAAUUUACAAUCGGAUAAUCAUCAUAUGAUUCAUGGAAGUUAUUGGACCACAUCAGUCAGAGCAGCAAGAUUCAUUCCUGUAAAAGAUGCACCAGAAGAUCCCCCAUUUCAUUGUGUGGCGGCUUAUAUUUCGGAAAACAAUACCAUUGGAGAGCAUGUAAUAGAACACUGUGACAAUAUUUUACCUGUAUUAUGUUUGGAAACCACUGAUAGUGCGGAUCUUGCUAAAAAUACACAUUAUAAUAGCUCAACAACCCCGACUAAUAUGAUAAACGAUAAUGACAAAGAAGAACAAGUUUCACGCAUUCCAUGGGAGAUUAUAGCUGGCUGUUUUGGUUUAAUUGGAAUAAUCAUAACCAUUGCUUUGGUUAUAGUAAAAUAUAAAAACAAAUCACCAACAAGGACAGAAAUAUCAACCGAGGAAACAGGACUGAACCAUAGUGCCCCAAGUAAUGAAGAGGCUGAUCAUGAAAACGUUUACAAUGACAGUAGCUCUAAAGAGAGAUGUGCAGUAAUUAAAGAUAAAGAUUAUGAUAGUAUGUCUGUUAUAAGACAGGAAACAGAAGAGGUUUACGACCACACGAGUUCCGCUAACAUUUCUCCUAAAUCAGUUGAAGAUGUAAAUAUCUACGACCAUGCAGACCCUGUCGUUAUCAAACAAAGCUUACAAACUGAGAACGAUGGCGUCUACAAUCAAUGUGAAUUAAAUAUAAAGUCAGUUAUUGCCAAUGCAAAAUCGAAUAGAGAUUCAACUACUAUUUACGAUCAUGCAUGAUUUCAGACUGGAUAUUAUAGCUUGUAUUUAUGAACCGAAUGAGCUUUUAUGUGAUAUUUCGUGCAAAAAAAUGAAAGUGCAAUCAAGUCAUGGUAUUAUUCUGAGCAGCACAAGUUUUAUAGACAUUUGUACCAAAUAUAAAGUAACACUACAUAUCUACUGUUGGUCGCAUAUUUAUGAACGUCCCUUUUCAAUAAGGCUUACCCAAGCUUAAAACCGCUGAUGUGAUUUUAAAUAUCCGAUGAUAUCAACAACUCUGUAGCCAUUGCUUCAGGGUUGUGACGACAUUUUUGUCACUUUAAAAAGUUUAUAAAUUAUGAAAUUCUAUUAUAACCGAGGGUGCAGCUCCCUUAGGUGCAUUAAGAUACGUUUACCUGUUUGACCAUUUUGGUUUAGAUGCCCAUCGAAGCAGUUUAUGUAUUGUCUCUUCAUACUUUUCGAUUCUCAACCUAUAAGCGGCUAUCGGUACGGAAAACACACUAUGAUUUGUGUUUCCUACUGCUAUGAAAAUCAAUGGAUUUCGAAAUAAUGUAUAUUAUAUCUGAUCUUCUCUUUUUUUUUUAAUCAUAUAAUUUUUUUUAUCAAAUUAUGUAUGUGCUAGAGACACAUAAAAUACCGAUAAUCAACCCUGUCUCGUAAACAAUUGCGUGAUAAAAUUCUUAUACAUUAUUAGUACAUUUAAGUUUAUAACUAUCCUAUUCUAGUUAUUGUAAUAACAAAGAAGGAUCAUUUAUUUAUAUUGUAUAUUCUGAGUCAGUUUCUUAAAAAAAACAAACCCAAUGACCAUUAUAUCUACAUAUAAUUUAGAAAAUAAAGUAAAUUGUUUCUGUAACCAAUCCAGUAAUGAUGUCAUAUUUGUCUUGUUUACAUUCUUUUAUUUCAUAAUGCUGAGAAAAUUCUUAUUUUCUUAAAUUUCAAAUGCAUCUAUUUUUUUUCUGUUUGGACAUAAAAUAGACUUUAUACAAAAUAAAAAGUAAAAGGUAAGAAACACGUUUAUACCAUAAUAAUGUUUAUCAUAUAUCUUGAAUCCAUACAAAAUUGUAUUGACUGAUAUAAUAUGAUGUCCUUUUCUAGUUUUAUCAAGUACCAGUUUUAUUUUUCCCAAAAUAAUUUCAGAUAUGUGCAUGUUACACAGCAUUGUGUAUGAUCGUCAAUAACAUUACACAUAUGACAUGAAGGGCUCUUCGUUAUUUUCCGAGGAAUAGUAUUUGCUAGGAAGGUAAUAUGUAAUGUACAAUUUAUUUUCUUGUAAAUAGUUCAAAUGAUAUAAACCAGUUGUUCUAUUUUCUUUGGUGAUCGUCUUAAUUAAUCUGCAUGUCCCAUUUUUCAAACCCUACUGCUUUCUCACAAUAUCUGUUCAAGAGGGAAAGAUAAAUGUCGUUUGGUACCUUUUCUUCCCGAUCUUGAAAUUUAAACUGAGAAUCCGUAGCAACUUUUGUUUUUAUUGAUUCUUCUUUCGUUAGCUCAUUACACCACUGUUUGAGUAUUGUUUUAAAUAUAUUAGAUUAUUCAGAAAUUUAAAUAGCAUGCGAAGAUUAUUUAUCUUAUAUCACAUUUUGAAUAAUAUUCCAUUUAUGAUCAACUAUAUAAUUAACAAGUAAACCUUACUUUUCAUUCAAUUAUUGAAAAUAUGACAUUUUCCAUUUUCCAUUUAUGUUGAUGUAUGUAUUUCUCCAAAAGGAGUUGACGUCGAAUAUGAUACGUGAUUUACUUCUUUUUUCAGAUUUCGAAUUUAUCCUGCUUUUGAUUACUUUAUAAACAAAAUUGGGGA